CUCAGCACAAGUAUUAUGUCGGCGUUUCAGCGUUCGUAAUCCCAUCCACAACAAAACCAGAGUGUCAUAAUGCCCCAGACGAAUAAAGCUAAAACUAGCUGUUCCGGUCAAGUGCCCGGUCCGAAGGACGGAGAACCCCAACCACCUCAAACCGACCCGCUUGGCCUCCUGUCACGAGCCGACGGAAGCAAAGAAAGCGAUCAAAGUGACCCGCAAAUAAUCACGUCACCAAGCGACCCGAAAAAAUACAGGUACAUCGAGCUGAGCAAUGGACUGAAAGCACUGCUCAUAUCAGACGUCACUCAUUCAGAUCAGAUUGAAGAAGGAGAACAUGAUGAUGAUGAUGAUGAUGGGGCUUCUGAGGAAAAUGCUGGUAAUAGUAAUGAUGAUGAAGAAGGUAGAAAGACGAUGAAUAAAUGCGUUGUAAGGAAGACGAAAUGCCGCUCAGAGAAACAGUCUGCUGCUGCUCUCUGUAUAAGUGUGGGUAGCUUCAGUGAUCCAGAAGAUCUGCCAGGUCUCGCUCACUUUCUGGAACACAUGGUGUUUAUGGGAAGCGAGAAAUACCCGGAUGAAAACGGCUUUGACGCUUUCCUGAAAAAACACGGAGGAAGUGACAAUGCGUCCACGGACUGUGAGCGGACGAUGUUUCAUUUUGCUGUUCAGAGGAAGUACUUCAAAGACGCGCUGGAUAGAUGGGCACAGUUUUUCAUCUGCCCCCUGCUGAUUCCAAACGCGGUUGACAGGGAAGUGGAGGCCGUGGACAGUGAGUACCAGCUGGCCCGACCAUCAGACUCUUAUCGUAAAGAGAUGCUGUUUGGAAGUCUUGCAAAGGUCAAUCAUCCCAUGAGCAAGUUCUUCUGGGGGAACGCUCAAACUCUGAAGCAGGAGCCAGAAGAAAAAAAUAUUAAUACGUAUGAACGUCUGAGGGAGUUCUGGAAGAGAUACUACUCCGCCCAUUACAUGACCCUCGCUGUGCAGUCCAAAGAGAACCUGGACACGCUGGAAAAAUGGGUGAGCGAGAUCUUUCUUAAAAUUCCAAACAAUGGUCAGCCACGGGCGGAUUUUUCCCAUCUUAAGGAUCCAUUUGAUACACCAGCUUUCAAUAAGCUUUACAGAGUUGUGCCUGUGAAAAAGGUUCAUGCACUGACCAUCAGCUGGGCUCUUCCACCUCAAGGAAAACGUUACAGAAUAAAACCACUACAUUACAUUUCCUGGCUGAUUGGUCAUGAAGGAGCUGGAAGUAUAUUAUCUUUUCUCAGAAAGAAAUGCUGGGCUUUGACUUUGUUUGGAGGAAACAGUGAGACGGGCUUUGAUCAGAACACCACCUACUCCAUCUUCUGUGUUUCACUCACACUCACUGAUGAAGGAUUCCAGAACGUCUUCCAGAUCAUUCAUAUAGUCUUCCAGUAUUUGAAGAUGCUUCAAUCUAUUGGACCUCAGCAAAGGAUUUAUGAGGAAAUCCAGAAGAUCGAAGCCAAUGAAUUCUACUAUCAGGAACAGACGGACCCUAUCGAGUUUGUGGAGAACAUUUGUGAGAACAUGCAGCUCUACCCCAAAGAGGACUUCCUGCGCGGAGACCAGCUUAUGUUUGAAUACAACCAAGAGGUCAUCUCAGCUGCUUUGACACUCUUAACCCCAGAGACGGCCAACCUGUUACUUCUGUCACCCGAACACGAGGGUCGCUGUCAGUUAAAGGAGAAAUGGUUCGGAACACUGUACAGUGCUGAAGACGUUCCACAAGAAUGGAGUGAUCUUUGGGCUGCAGAUUUCCCACUGAAUCCUGACCUUCACCUUCCAGCAGAGAACAAUUUUAUAGCUACAGAUUUUACUCUCAAAACAUCAGACUGCCCAGACACGGACUUGCCCGUCAAAAUAAUGGACAGCUCGAAAGGCUGUCUGUGGUUCAGAAAGGACAACAAGUUCAAGAUGCCCAAAGCUUACGCACGCUUCCAUCUGCUCACUCCAGUUAUACAAGAGUCUCCGAAAAAUCUGGUCUUGUUUGACCUCUUCGUGAAUAUUCUGGCUCACAAUUUGGCCGAGCCAGCGUAUGACGCAGAAGUGGCACAGCUGGAGUAUAAACUUUCACCUGGAGACCACGGCUUGUACAUCAGACUCAAAGGCUUCAAUCACAAACUGCCUUUGCUUUUCAAGCUGAUUGUAGACCACCUGUCUAACUUCAGCGCCGCUCCAGAUGUGUUUGGCAUGUUUACUGAACAGCUAAAGAAGACCUACUUUAACAUCCUCAUUAAACCAGAGCGGCUUGGAAAAGACGUCCGGCUCCAGAUCCUGGAGCAUCAUCGUUGGUCUGUGAUUCAGAAGUAUCAUGCCAUCACGGCAGACCUCAGUGUUGGGGAUCUCAUGGACUUUGUGAAUCGCUUCAAGGACGCUUUAUACGUGGAGGGACUCGUUCAAGGAAACUUCACGAGUGCUGAAUCCAAGGAAUUUCUCCAAUAUAUUAUGGAAAAACUCCUGUAUAAACCUCUUCCAGUUGAACCUCCCGUUCAGUUUCGAGUGGUUGAACUACCUCAGGCUCCUCACUUAUGUAAAGUCCAGUCUCUCAAUAAAGACGACGCUAACUCGGAGGUCACAGUAUACUGCCAGACAGGCCUAAGAAACUUGCGAGAGCAUACACUCAUGGAGCUGCUCGUGAUGCACAUGGAAGAGCCUUGUUUUGAUUUCCUGCGGACAAAGGAAACUCUGGGGUAUCAGGUGUACGCGUGUUUCAGAAACACGUCUGGUAUUCUUGGCUUCUCGGUUACUGUUGAGACUCAGGCAACAAAGUUCAGCACUGACUUUGUUGAGACUAAAAUCGAAGAGUUUUUGGUCAACUUUGGAGAGAAGUUGACCCAUCUGUCAGAUGAGGGUUUUCAAACUCAAGCGACGGCCCUGAUCAAACUGAAGGAAUGUGAAGAUACUCAACUGGGAGAGGAAGUAGACAGGAACUGGUUUGAAGUGGUCACCCAGCAAUACGUCUUUGAAAGACUCCAUAAAGAAAUUGAGAUUUUGAAAGACAUCACCAAAGAUGAAUUGGUUUCUUUUUUUAUGGACCACAGAGGCGCCACCAGUAGAAAACUAAGUAUACAUGUGGUUGGAAUCGGGGAGGAGGAAAAGCAAACCCAUGAAAAUGGCACCAAACCGGCACUGGAGUCUCAGGGUGAAGAAAACCAAAGUUCAUCAUACGGGAAUGUUUCAGAGUUGACUUUCGUCACCGCCUCACCAGCGCUCGCAAAAGCCACAAUGAUAACAGACAUACGGGCGUUCACAUCUUCCCUCAAACUGCACCCCUACCACAAAAUACUGAAUUUAGACUGACUUCAGGUGAACUGGGACACUUGAUAAGUAUCCUAAUUUAUCCAAAUUUACAUAGAAUGAGAUGCUCUGGCAACCUACAGAGAAAUACUAAAACAUACCUCAUCUUUUACCACCCAAAUCUUCCAAUGUGUUAUUGUGAAUAAUUUGAAUCAUGUGUUUAUUGGAUAAUCCGGGAUAAACAUUCUAGCCAUAUCAUGAAAAUAUGUUUUGAAUUAACAGUAUUUUUGUUUGGUGUGCAUGUUGUUUUCGAAGGGUACAAUGUGUUCCAACUUUUAAAUGAAAAAGGUGGAGAUGUGGAUGCAAACUCACAUCAGGUUUUGCAUCUAGUGUGUUUUAUUUAACGUUCUGAUAAUAAAAACAGCAUAUAUAAUUGGA